AUGGAAACGAACGAGCCCGAUCCCGCCGAUAAUUGGAGCAACAGACGGGACGGCGUGGCAGCGAAACUUGCAAGCUCGGGCGCGGACAUCAUCGGAUUGCAGGAAGUCCUUCCAGAGCAGCUUACCUUUCUUACGAGGACACUUGGGCCGCUUGGAUAUCAGCACGUUGGAACUGGCCGUGGCAUAGAUGGUGAUGACGAAGCCAGCCCGAUAUUCUUCAAACGGGACGUGUUCGAUCUUCGGGGUAGCGAGCAGCGCUGGUUGUCCGACACUCCUUCAGUUCCGGGUUCCAAACUGGAGGGGGCAGGUUGCCCGAGAGUCGUCACAGCCGCCUUGCUCAAUGUGAAGGCCUACACCAAAGAUGUGUUCAUUUUCUGCUGCCAUCUCGACCACCAUGGCAUGGUGCGUGCUGCAUGUCGCUGCUCCAACAGACUGCCGGUUCAAGCACGACGAGCUGAGAUCAUGUUGGAACAGAUAGAUCACUUCUGUGUGUCCCCAUCUGCUCCUCGUAUCGUUCUAGGCGAUUUCAAUUCGUGGCGUGGUGCUGGAGCACAUGCGGUGCUUUCUGAUCGUGGUUACAGGGAUGCCUCAGUGGAAUCUGGUGAAUUGGACGAUACGCCCACCUUUACUGGCUUUCGAAGUGGUAACAUUGUGCGGCGUGCCGGGGAGAGAUUGGCGAGCGCCCACAUUGACUGGAUAUUUGCCAGCGGUGGAGUGGCCUUGUCAAAUUACAGAGUGGGCCCCAGUGUCUACACUGCUGAUGAUGGGACUCAGCGCAACCUGAGCGAUCACAUGAUGAUUAUGUGCGACGUCUCUUUAGAUGCCAUCGAAGGCUGA